UGAGUUGUGUGGUAAUCGCGCGGAUUUUUAACAACCACACGUGUUGCAUUCGCCUCACAAACACAUACACACACUCACACGCACACACGCAUACGCUUUCGGGCAAAUUACGUUACGUAUACGCCGUAGCUGCCAUUGCCCUCGAGGCGGCAACUGCGACAGUAAUUACGCGACUUUGUUGACGUGAGUGUGAAUCAAGGCAAGAAAAUUAUGUGAAUUAUAUGUGAAGUGCAAAGAGAAGGGAACUAAAACCAAAAACAAAACAAAAAGAAAAGCAAAAGAGAAAAAAAAUCACAAAAUUAACAGGCGGAAAAGUGUUGGAGUCAGAGCUUAAAGUCUCAGCGUAUAAGCGGGCGAGCAUGUUAAACGGUUUGCACAAUUCUGUUCGAGCGACAAACAUCAUCAAUGUGAGUGCUGCGUGGCUUUUGCUGUGUUGCUAGCUGCUCCUGGGGGCAAUGAAAUCGAGGAAGCUGCCCAAGGUUUGUGGCCUCAACUGCUUGACCCUUGUCUAUUUACCGCUGAUGCUGCCCAUCCUAAGAUGCACGGCCGUUGGCACAGGCAGCGGGAGCAACAGCGGCAGCGGCAGUGGCGACGCGGACUUCGACUAUCGCAUGCAGCGUGUGCGGAACGUGCUAAAGGAGGUGCCACUGAUCGAUGGCCACAACGAUUUGCCUUGGAAUAUACGCAAGUUCCUCAAGAAUCAGCUGAAGGACUUUCACUUUGGCGGCGAUUUGCGCGAACUGGCGCCCUGGUCCUCGAGCGCCUGGAGCCAUACGGAUCUGCGUCGUCUCAAAGAGGGCAUGGUCUCUGCACAGUUCUGGUCCGCCUACGCGCCCUGCUCCUCACAGCAUCUGGAUGCGGUGCAGCUAACUCUGGAACAGAUCGAUUUGAUACGACGCCUGGUGCUGCUCUAUCCGCAUCACAUGGCGCUGGUCACCAGCGCCGCGGGCAUCGAGCAAACCCAUCGCACGGGCAAAAUCGCCAGCCUGAUUGGCGUCGAGGGUGGCCAUGCGAUCGGCACCAGUCUGAGCGUUCUGCGCAUGUUUUAUCAGCUGGGCGCCCGAUAUCUUACACUCACUCACACCUGCAACACACCUUGGGCGGACUGCUGCAAAGUUGACGAGCCAGGCAAAUAUCCACACAUAGGUGGACUUUCCCAGUUUGGCAAGCUUGUGGUGAAGGAAAUGAAUCGCUUGGGCAUGAUUGUCGAUCUGUCGCACGUGUCGGUGCCAACAAUGCUGGAUGCAUUGGCCACAUCCCGAGCGCCGCUCAUAUUCUCGCACUCCUCGGCGCAUGCCAUAUGUAAUAGCUCCCGCAAUGUACCGGAUCAUGUAUUGCAGCGCAUUGCCAUUAACGGCGGCUUGGUUAUGGUUGCGUUCUAUCCGCACUUUGUCAGCUGCUCGGGGCAGGCGACACUGCACGAUGUCGUGGCGCAUAUAAACCACAUACGCGAGGUGGCUGGUAUUGACCAUGUGGGCAUUGGGGCUGGCUACGAUGGCGUCAAUCUCGUGCCCAAAGGCUUGGAGGAUGUUUCCAAAUAUCCGCAUCUCUUUGCAACCCUGUUAGAGUCGGAUAAAUGGUCGGAGGGGGAUAUAGCGAAGCUCGCUGGAAGAAAUCUCAUACGCGUUUUCAAGGAAGUCGAAGCGGUGCGUGAUCAAAUGGAGUUAUUGCGAGUGCAGCCGAUUGAUCAGUCAAUUCCAGCUGAGGACAUUAUGGGCAGAUCCUACUGUCGGUAUCAAGGACCAAGAACGUGAUAAUUUCUUCAUAUGUAAAGUUUUUGCAUGCUUUCGCAUACACACACACGCACACACAUCCACACAUCAAUGCCAGGAGCCAGCGAAGAGAGAGAAGAAAUUAUGUCAAGCGUACGUGUUGUAAAGUGAAACUUGUUUUAGGUUAAUUGACAAAGUUUUUUCGUCGUUACAUGCGAGCAUUUGUUUUUAUAGUGUAUGUGUGUUCAAGUAUGUGUGUCACACACACACACACACACACACACACACACACAAACACACACACUUGUUUACGUACACCCACACACAUGUACUUUCAAUCGCUCAGACUCCAAGCGGCAGCUGCUGCCUGGCAACAUUGUGCACAGCUGGCCGUGCACAUAAACAAAUACAAAGUGGCAUAGCGGCGGCUAUACUUCACAUACACACACUAACGCACACAUAUGCCCACCCACUAUAUCCUCUCUGCCCUUCUCGUCCUGGCAACCACUUCAACACUAAGGUUACCAUAGCUUAGCCAACAUUGUAUAAAUAUCAUUGUCAUGUUUAUUUUCAUCUUUAGCACUUAGUAAAGCAAGGAUCCGCAAAGAGAAAGAAACAAAAAUCGUAGCUAAGACCCAGACAAAAGCAAGAAAACAAGCGUAAGGCAAACGCACAAAAACUGAACAAAUAAAAAAAAGGAAAGACAAAAGCUGGC